GGAGGAAAUCAUCCUGUUGUUAGUACCAUCUUUGUUACUAUUCAGAGACCUUAAACCACCCGCGAAUGGCGAACUACAUGAAGCAGGCCGUCUAUGCUCUGGUGCUUUUCUUCGUUCUUCUCGGAUGCUUCGCGUCACAGGCUAAGAGUCAAGGGCAUGGACCGGAUAUAUUCUCCUGCGAGAGGCAGAUUCUGCGACCAUGCGGCGACUUGUGUUACUGCUGCCUGUAUGGUGCCAACAAGGAUGUGUGCUAUGCAACUGACAUUGACUGCAGGCUGCACUGCCCGCCGCCUAAGUCCUUCCUUCCAUGAACCUGAAUAUUUUGUGUCUCCAUGUAGUCUGGCUGUUGCAUGCUCUGCAGAACAUUUGAGAAGAAUAAAUUUGAUGCUGUAUGGGCACCUCUUAUCCGGCUGCUCUUCUUUUUGUUGAAACCAAUAGUUUGCAGUUUGGGCAUGCCUUUACCAUAUCUGGUCUCGUUUGUUACUAGACUGGUUUGCGUGUGUUGCACCAAGGAACUAUACAAUUUGGAAUUUGCACACAAAAAUUCCAUGUAAUGCAUACACACCUGGUGAA